AUCAGAGAUUCCGGAUGUUGUAAGAGGAAGAUUUGUUUUCUGCUUCUCAUUCUUGACAGCUUGUUUGCAGCCGGGCUGGUGAUGAAAGUUGAUGUAGCGAAUUAGAUAUUCAAUUGAACGUUUUGACGGUACAAAGUCUGACUGGGAUGGUAUCAUGGAGAGAGACAAUCAUCAAGAAGGAGAGGCACAGGGAGUAAAGAUUUGUGAUCUUCCCCGUGAGAGCAAUCCACCUGCUGAUGCUUUGGCGACUUCUCUCUCCCUCUUGGGGAGUCACAUGUUUCCUGAUCCGGUGGAGAGAAACAACAGUAUUACUGUUAACAAAGAGGAGCCCGCAGAUUCACUGCCAGAUGGUACAGCAGAGGAGGAGAGUCUGGAUGCAGAGCCCCAUUCUAACCAGGUAACAGAGCUAGAGACUGAGGAUACAGAAAGCACUGAGUGUCAGAACAAUGUGUCCACCCAGCCGUCUGACAUGGGAACUGAGGAUGCUGCCACUGACAAUGACAGGAGUGACUCCGGGGAGUUUGUUGUUACAAUGCUGGCCAAGGCCAAGCUGGAGGAGCAAGGAAUAGGCGUGAAGGGAAGAUCUUCUCCUUUGUUGGAGGCAGGCACCCAGGAAAUCCCUGCUUUUAUGUCUCAUCGUGAUGAGGAUGUGACAGCUGACAGCUGGCGGCAGCACAGGAAGCAUGUUUUUGUUCUGAGUGAAGCAGGCAAACCCAUCUAUUCCCGAUACGGCAGUGAGGAGGCUCUUUCAUCUACAAUGGGAGUCAUGAUGGCGCUGGUUUCCUUUGUUCAAAGUGGAGAUAAUAUCAUCCGCUCAGUCUAUUCAGACGGGCACACCGUGGUGUUCUUACAGAAAGGACCCCUUGUGCUGGUGUGUGUCUCGAGCAGUCGUCAGACUGAGCAGCAGCUGCGUGGAGAGCUCCUUUAUGUGUACUAUCAGAUCAUCAGCAUGCUCACCCAGGCCAGCAUAUCCCGCAUCUUUGAACACAAGAAAAACUACGACCUGAGGAGACUCCUGGCGGGCUCAGAGAAGAUCCUGGACGGUCUUCUCAACCUGGUGGACUCUGACCCCAGCUUCCUGCUAGCAGCAGUACAUUGCUUGCCCAUAGCUUCCUCUCUCAGGGACGCUCUCAGCCAGAUCCUGCAGAAAGCGAUCACCCCAAAUCUGGUUUUCUCCAUCCUCAUUGCCAAGAACCAGCUGCUCACCAUCGUCCAAGAAAAGACAGUCAUAGAGGACACCAGGCUGGAGCCCGCUGACGUCCACCUGCUGCUCAACCUUAUCGGAGCCUCCUCCGCCUUUCAGGCUGGGGAGAUCUGGACUCCCAUCUGCCUCCCCCUCUUUAAUCCUGACUGUUACUUUUAUGCAUACAUUUCUUACCUGGACCCUCCAGAAUGCACUGUAUGCUUGCUCCUGCUCUCGACAGACAAGGAGGCUUUCUACGCCGUAGCUGAGUGCAAGAAGAAGAUCGAGGAGGCCAUGAUGGCUCAGAACGCACUGAGCCUCAUUGCCAAAGUCCAGUCGUACAGCGUGAGCCAGGUGGGCGUCUCAGACCUCAGACACUUCAUGUACAAGCCCUUUGACGUGCCAGACAACUACCGCCAGCUCACUCAGUUCACCAGCCCAGAGAUGGAGGCACCGUACAGCAGUGAAGAGGAGAAAAUGAGACUGCUGGACCUUUAUCGUUAUAUGCACAGCCGCAUCCACAGCACCUCACGACCCCUCAAGCUCAUCUACCACGUCGCUGAGCGGGAAACCCUGCUAGCCUGGGUUACAAGUAAAUUUGAGCUGUACACCUGCUUCAGUCCUCUGGUGACAAAGUCCUGCGCUAUUACUGCUAUCACCAAGCUUCUACGGUGGAUUAAAAAGGAGGAGGACCGUCUCUUCAUCAGAUACCCCCCAAAGUAUUCAACCACCCCAAACCCCAGCAAGAGCUCUCGAGGUGGGAAAUCUGACCAGCAAGACUCCACAGAUAACGGCUUCUUAUCUCUUCUAUAGGACUCUUAGUGCUCCGCCUCAUUCAACAAUAGUUUGUACACUGGUUCCAAGAUCUUUUUGAACCCUCUAUUGAAAGUUGUUGGACUUGACAGACAUUGACUACAGGAAUCAAACACUACAAACGUUUUACACUAUUUAUGAAGGAAUGAACUCUUUCAACAUAGUAUUAUUUCUUUACCUUUUUAAGAAGAACGCAUGUCAUGGCAUCAGGGCAAAAAUAGCAUUAGUACGUUUUAAAUUGAAGUGUGGUAGAAAAUAAUUGCAAUGAUAUUUAAAUGUUUUUAUAUUGUUUUAUUACUGCAACAAGACAGAAAACUUCCUCGCGGACAGUGAAUGUAUCACACAGAUGACCGUUCAUUCAUAUGCUAUAACUAUUCAUCGCCGUAAGUUAUGUUGAGGAGUGAAAUGAACUUAAACUACCUUUCUUAGACUAGUUCUCAUGAAACAGCAGCAUCCCAAUGUUACGAAACAAGAUAUGCAAGACAUGAAUGCAUGUCGUGUUUUUGGGCUCAAGAUAAACCGGAAUAACAAGAUUUGGAAGUGCCAGGACAGGGAUGGGCCGCCGUGAGUCACACGGGCUCGGCCCUCUUGUGGAUUUGACUGCACGUCCCUGUGACGUAACUUGGAAACGUGGCGUUGUUUGCUCGCCCACUGAUGUUUCUAUUCAAAUUUUAAAAUGAUCAUGAUCAUUCAUGUUACACUUUGUGAGUAAAACAAGUCGGAGAUUCAGCCUGUUACUUUACAUGAUCAUCAUUGUCAUCUAGUUAAGCUAAAAAGAUGCCACUGAGCUCACGUAAUGAUUAUCAGACGACUUAAUAUGGUGACUUCAGGCGACUUUAUCUUUUUUUUUUGGGAUAAUAGUUUUGUAAAGAUGGUCUAUAAACAGUAGCCUCAUCCUGGUGUCCUUUGAGGAAUUUCUUGUCGAUUGAAGUCUUAAAGAGUAUGUCUAUAGUAUUAUGAAAUAAAUCCCAGGUUGCACAAAUUUACACGCGUCCUGAUUUAGGUAGAGAUGUUGUGAAUAAACGUCAUUUAUUUAAAAUGACAAAUUAGCAUUACAGUAAAUUAUGCUUGAUAUUUCUGUCAUUUUUCUGAGUUUUUUUGGAUUGUUUAAUUUGGUACUAGGGCUGUCACGAUACCAGAUUUUCACUAGACUAUUAUCGUGGCCAAAAGAAUUUGAUAAAGAUAUUAUUGCAAUAUUAUAGAACAUUUGAAGAAAUUGUGCAUUUUGUCUGUUUCAUGGCAAAUGAAUUACUCCCUUGGGUGUUGGGGGAGGAAGACAAAGUGAGAAUAUAAAACUAUUAUUAUUUUCAUGA